AAAUAGAAUAUUGGGCAGCUGUUAUUUUACAUUAACUUUUUUUUGCAGGAAAUAAAAUGCAGUCGUAACUGGGACUUGACGUAUGAUCGUAGACGAGCAAAACAGUGUAUUUCCCUAGGAUUGCAGGCAGGAUAGUUAAUAACUCGGAUUGAGGUUGAGAUUGUUGAGCAUUCAUGUGUGAGUAUAGUCCUACCUCGAAUAUGAUCAUAGAGAGUUAUGAAUAUAAAAGAGAACUUGGGGUCAAUACCUAACAGUUUAACAUAUGACUUAAAACACAGAAUGACUGGAUAAAUUUUCAGACAGGACACAGUCAGGAGCAGCAGGUGGGAUCCAUGGCAGUCCCAAACUGAUGUUACCCUUUAGAGAUUCCUCCUUUAUAGAUUCUGGUGUAUAAACUGGCACAAAAUUAGGCAGGUUUUCGGAAUCAAACAAGCCUAACUUGACCCAAUCCAACCCAAAGCAACAAAGUUCAAGUGCAAUAUGAGAAGGCUAAAGAAACUCCCUAUACCAAACUCCGCUGCCAAACCCUUGUGAUCGUCAUUCCAUACAUAAACCCAACACUUGCAUUCAUUUCCUUAAAGAAGAGCUGAUUAGCCAUAAAAAACAAAAUAACUAAAAAUUCGACAAAUGAGAUCAGCAAUGGAGACCAUCAAGCCGUACUUCUUGAUGACUUCAAAUCAGCUCAUCCUCGCUGCCUACAUAUCACUGGUAUCCGUUGUCGUUGAUCCCAGAAAAGGCAUCAGUUCCACUAUACUUGUCCUUUACGAGCACUUCAUCUCUGUACUACUCCUUGCUUCCCUUGCAUUCCACUUUGAACGGGGGAAAAGGCCAGAACUUACAUGUAGUGUAGUCUUUUGGGCCUUCUUGAUCGGGUUCUUACAGGUACCGGUAGGGCAGUUGUUGAUGACGUCUAGCCACAGAUACAUUACACCAAAUUUCCAGAGUGUGGCUCUUCUCAUAAUUCCAGUGGUGGUCUUCCUCAUUGCAGUUAUUUCUCGACAAGAGAAAUUUCAGUUUUGCAAGUUUUAUCACCAAGCAAAGUUAUGGGGGGUCCUUAUGUCAGGUGCUGGAGCUUUUAUGAUGGUGUUGUUAUCAAACCCAGAGCAUCCAAUAUUGGACAGGAUAAUUGGUCAUCCAACAACAGAAGUUCGAUAUGUUGGCUAUGUCAUGGUUGGAACUGCAGUACUUAGCUUGGCAACUAGCAAUGUUUUGAUGGAAAAUGUAGCUGUGAAGUAUCCAGCAUAUCUUACCUUGACCACUAUGGCAAAUAUCUCUGGCACCCUUCAAACUGCAGCUAUAGCGGUUUUAACAGAAAGAAGACCUUCCUCUUGGAGGAUAAGGUGGUCUGGGAACCUCCAGCUCCUUGCCAUUCUAUAUGGGGGAAUGAUGGUCAGUGGGUUGGCAUUCUACAUGCAAGUUUGGUGCUUACACAAAAAAGGCGCCGUCUUUGCGACCGGAUUUUGCCCCUUGCUCAUCAUCUUCUCAUUCAUUCUCGAGACUUACUUUCAAUUUCAUCAUGAUUCAUGUCAAUUUAUAUGCAGCAUUCUUGGAGCCAUACUUGUCAUUGGAGGCCUUUAUCUCUUUCUAUGGGCAAAAUCAAAAGAUAUUUCACUCAGAAGGAUUGCCAUGGGAGGCCAUAUACAUUCAAUUGGAGACUCAAGCUCAGAGCAGUUACUACCAAGCAAAGCUUAG